AUGGCCGCUUGUGGGCAAAGCUACCAGAUCUCCAUAGCCAUUACGGUAUGGCAUUGUCUCCCUUUCCAGACAUUUUCUGACAAGCAUACAGGACCCAUUGUUCGUAUUGGGCCAAAUGAAGUUCAUAUCGAAGACUCUGAGUACUUCGAUACGAUCUUUGGAUUUCGCCCUCUGAACAAAGAGGCCAUGACGGCUAAAGAGUUUGGGAUCAACCACGCCCUAUUUGGUGUUGAAGACUACAAGACUUACGUCAAGAAACGUGCUGCAUUUGGAAACGCGUUUUCCCGAACAAAGCUUUCCCAAAUACAGGACCAAAUCAACGAAGAGAUCCAAAAAGGAUGCACCUGGGUUGAGGAAAACAGUAAGGAUGGACGUCCUAUCGACCUAGCCUUCUUGUUUCGGGCUGUUCCGGCAGAAAUCAUAACCAAGUAUCUUUUCGGCCAAGAAUAUGGGUUUCUCCAUCAUGUGCAGGCCACCAAGAACCUCUACGAUAAGAGGAUGGACCGACUGUUUGGGUUCUCACAUCUGGGUCGAUUCAUACCCAAAGAGAUACCUCUCUUUUUAUCUCUCUUUCGUCAGUUGACCCUGAGGGCUCUGGGAUUCAACGAUCCAGGUUCUGCAUUUCUUGAUUAUUUCUUGCUUGCUCAGAAGUUGGUGCAAAAAGUCGUGGCUCAGCACAACGACUCGAACCGCAAUGCUGAAGGUAUCGCCCAGCAUACUGUGUUUGAUGACUUUCUGGAUAGCUCGUUGCCUCAAGAAGAAAAGGAAAAGGGCCCUCUUACUCAGCAAGCAGUGGCCAUCUGGAGUGGAGGAUGGGAUACCGUCGGCUUCGUAUUGACCUUGGCGGCCUACCAAUUACUCCAGAAUCCACAAGUUGAGCAGCGCCUUUACCAGGAACUCAAAGAGGCCUGGAAGGACCCGACUGAGCCCCCGGAGAUCACAACUUUGGAAAAUCUACCUUAUCUUACCGCUGUAGUCAAAGAAACUUUUCGUCUCUCACCUGGUGCGCUUUGCCGGCUGAGUCGCGUCAACCGCCACAGCAUUGAGCAAUAUGGCGACUGGAAAAUACCUCCAGGCACAAUCAUCAGCAUGUCCAUUCCGGAUGUCCUUGCAGACGAGGCAGUUUGGGGGCCUGAUGCUGCUGUAUUCAAACCCGAAAGAUGGCUCAGUGGAGGAGCAGACCUUGACAGAUACCUGGUGACGUUCAGCAAAGGAACACGAGUUUGUCCGGGAAUUGAGUUGGCAUGGAUCGAGACUCGCCUUGUCGUCGCUAGCCUUUUCCGAAGGUACGAGAUGAGCAUUGCACCAGAAGCAGGCAUAUCUGAUGAUGACAUCAUGCCGUAUUAUGAAGGGUUCACUCCUGCAGUCAAGAACUGGAUCUCGCGACUGCCGGUCAUGGUGAAGCCUAGAGAUUAG